AUGGAGACCGACAAUGUCGAUGCUCUUUUGGAGCGGUACCUGCAUCUUCUGCAUGAGUACACUACGCUCCGUGCCGAGCUAAGUUCUCUGCAGACAAACAUGUAUCAGAACAUCGCCAGGGCAAACUUCUCUGCAGAGCGAGGGAUCAGGUAUGGGCCGGACUUCUACGACGACCGCAUGCAGGCGUUGAGACGGCUUGCCGUUGCGACCAACGACGAGGGGGUACCGGUCUUCAGCUCGGCCACGAUAGAUCUGGCCAGCCAAACCUCGCCAGCAAGCAAAGACGCACCAGAAGCCACGAACGCACCCGACACAGGCGGUGCACCGGACAGCAGAACCAAGGAGGAACCAACCGCUACGAAAAUUGGCAAGCCCAAGAAAACGGAUCCAUUGCAGUGGUUUGGUAUCCUCACACCAAUGCCAUUGCGUCAGGCCCAGGGCCAGAGUAUUCAAGCAGUCGAGCAAGUCAUACCCAAGUUGGUCUCUGUCAACUCUCAGAUGGCCCAACUUGAGAUAGAAGUCCGCAGGGCACGGAAGCACCGGGCGAAAGCCGAGGCCUCUGCAAAGAAGCAGUCACAAAGCGUCACCAGCCAGGAGAUUGCUGCAAGCGACGGAGCUUGA